AGUUGUCCGGGGGCCGGGGAGAAGUUGACGGUGCUGGGCGGAGGCAGAGGGCGGUGGGGCCGGGCUGUGCGCUCGGAUCCCUGCCGGCCAUGGCGUUCCGCAGGCGAGCGAAAAGCCACCCGCUUUUCAGCCAGGAGUUCCUCAUCCACAACCACGCCGACAUCGGUUUCUGCCUGGUGCUCUGCGUGCUCAUCUCGCUCAUGUUCGAGGUCACAGCCAAAACUGCCUUCUUGUUUAUCUUACCUCAGUAUAAUGUUAGUGUGCCUACAGCAGAUGGUGAAAUUGUUCUUUAUCACUACGGGCUGAAGGAUUUGGUCACAAUCCUCUUCUACAUCUCCAUAGCAAUAAUUCUGCAUGCUGUAGUACAGGAAUAUGCCUUGGAUAAAAUCAAUCGGAGGCUCCAUCUUUCCAAGAUCAAGCACAGCAAGUUCAAUGAAUCUGGACAGCUGGUAGCAUUUCAUCUCGCCUCCAUGAUCUGGUGCUUAUAUGUCAUAGUGACGGAAGGAUACUGCUCAAACCCCAAGAGUCUGUGGGAGAGCUACCCUCAUGUUCAUCUCCCGUUCCAGGUGAAAUUUUUCUACCUUUGUCAGCUGUCUUACUGGCUGCAUGCACUGCCUGAACUGUAUUUCCAGAAAGUUCGGAAGGAAGAGAUUCCUCGUCAGCUGCAAUACAUCAUCCUCUAUCUGGUGCAUAUUGCUGGAGCGUACCUUUUAAACCUCACACGUCUGGGACUAAUCUUAUUGCUGCUGCAGUAUGUGGCUGAAUUCCUCUUCCACAUGGCCCGCCUUUUCUAUUUCACAGAUGAAAACAAUGAAAAGUUGUUCAAUGCAUGGGCAGUGGUGUUCGUCAUCUCCCGCCUUUUCACCCUUACUCUUUCCGUGUUGGUCAUUGGCUUUGGGUUGGCUCGGGUGGAGAAUCAGGCAUUUGACCCUGAAAAAGGAAACUUCAACACUUUGCUUUUCAGGCUAUGUGUGCUGCUUCUGAUAUGCUUGUCACAGGCCUGGAUGAUGUGGCGCUUCAUCCACUUCCAGUUGCGGCGCUGGCGGGAAUACUGGAACGAGCAGAGUGCAAGAAAAAGAGCCGCAGUGACUGUCCAUGGCAAACAACAGUUGAAGACCAUCAAAAGGGAGUCUGGCUACCAUGAAAAUGGAGUUGUAAAAGCAGAAAACGGUACCUCUCCACGGACCAAGAAGCUGAAGUCUCCAUAGAGCCAAAGCACUGCCUGCAGGAGAUGUUUCAGGAAAAAAAAUAACGGACUGUGCAAAUCUGAGGACUCCAGGAAUAAAGAGGCACCUUCCUCCCUUUUGUCCUCACAAGGUUCCACUUCAAACGGCUGGAAGACAAAAUAUGAAAAUAUCGUGUUCUCUCUCCAGGCGGUUUGCCAUAACCAAACAGGCCCUCUCCCUCCACAGGGGAGCCUAGGAACACCAAACAUUUUCCCCACCUAGUGCAUUGCCUUGUUAUGCAUUUCUCCUCUUCAGAGUGUUCCUGCUUCUUUUCCAGCCCAUAGGAAGUAUGUUUUCCUCUGAAUUCCAUUCCCAAUGUGUGGUCCCCUCCCACCACCCCCAUUCUUGUUGCAUCUAAUGAUGCUUUAGCUUGGGGAGAUGGCAGCUCUAGGACAUUAUGCAUUUUGUUGCCAAGGGAAUAGAACUUUAGAUUAGUGUGUGGAGCACCAGGACUCACUGCAAUCUCACAGAGACAGCUGGUGAGAAAUGCAGUUUGAGUCAGGAUCAAGGGAGAAAUCUUGGUGAGGUCUUUACCUAAAUUUUCUAUUUCUGUUACACAACCAGUAAGCUUAGUGGAAUGUUCAGGAUGUGUCAAGUCUUCACAAGGCUGGGAAAGGAAAAGCACAACCUCGCAUACAAGUUUGUGUUAAGCCAGUCUCAGAGGCUGACAUUUUAAUGUGUGGCUCCCAGACAGAUGUAGGUCUCCUUUUCCCCGUUCUUUAUAAAAUAGAAUUUUCCAUUGUCUUAGAAGAACUGAGCUCUCCUGGAACACAGCAUCUAGAUUUGCUGCUUGAAUAGCUUGGUAUGUGUGAUGGACUCUUUAUUUCCACUGGCCAAGAAUGACUCCCUUCAACCUACAGUGCCUUAGUGAAGGGAGAAACUUCACCACUCACUCAAAAGGCGGCAGAGGCCAGAGGUACUUUUAUGGUAGCUUGCUAUAUCUUUAUUUCAGAAGCAAGCAAUUUCCUCACACCUCUGUGUGCUUUUUCCUCCCAUGCAACAGGCGGCCUUCAUGGGGUACUGAUGGCAUCUGUGUAGCUGAGUCCAUCAUUUCAAAGGGGUCUAUCCACCAAGCAUAGGAUAGCAAUACUACUUGCUGGGCAGUGCAACCUUCUGCGUAUUUAUUCAGAAGUGAGGCUCAUUAGGUCUUACUCCUAGUAACUGUGUUCAGAAUUAAAACUUUUACCUUUUGUUUUUUGAGGAAAAAAACUUUUCCUAAGUUUUACCCAAAUGAAUUUAGAUCCAUUUCUGUUCUGGCUGCCACUUGUACCUCCUCUCACCAUUAUUCUUUCCUUGCCUUCAAGGCUAACUACAUGAGUUGCAAUCCUGACAAAUGAUGAGCAGCACAAUUCCUAACCCCUUAAUAUGUGGAUGAGUUAGGAAUGUGGGGUGACAAAAGCUGUGUCAUGCAGUGGUCAGUCACCAUGUAGAAAGCACUUAAUACCAUCCACUGCUUUUGGGAGUCCGAAGGUGUUAGAUGGUAUUAAGUGCAAAACCUACCUUGGUGGCCACCCUUUUCUAAUUGCUAUAAAUCCCCUUGUUUUUGAAGCAGAACUAGGGUAUUUGGAGAGAGGAGGUUGGUCCAUCACUCAGAAAUAACUUAAGGAUGCUUUGUAUUCUUAGGCUGCUUGUCCUUUUCAGAAAAUGGUAUCCUUCGUAAUUGAGCUUGCCACAUUCAGUAGGGUUAGUUGAAAUACUAAGACUUGCUUUAAGCCCUAUUGCAACUGGAGCACCUUACAGUUUUUUAAAACAUUUUUUCACCACGUUUUCUCAUUCCAGAUUGCAGAUCUUCAGUUAAUACGAAGAAGGAACUGAGGCUUUUGUUUUCCUUUGCCCUAAUUGGUGAUAGAUAUUCCUAGUACUGCAUUCUUGAUCACAACAGUAUUUCCUUCUGGUAGACAUAUGGUGAGGAUAUCUCUUUUAACAGGUUAUGGGAUGAAGGAAUAAGCAGGUUGUCUCUGAGAGCUUCAUGCUGGUCCAAUUUGCACAGUAAUUGCAGCUUGAAUCAGCCACAGUGGGUUGUGGUAUGUACUUUUGGCCAUUUUGAAUCUUCAACCCUUGGAAGGGUUAUUUGUGGGGCAUUUAAUGGGUCUGGAUAAUGUUGCAAACCAUGGCAACCCCUUGCCAGGGAAUUAAGAUUCAAAAUGGCUGCCAAGACAUUCUGCUAUCUACUGUGGCUUAAAUAACUCAUGCUGGGUUGCAGUGGUCACAUAAACAAAGUGACUGACCACUACUACUCAAGUUUGGAUUAAGAUGGAUGCAAGGAAAUCAGGCAAGCAGAUAGCUUGUAAUGGCUUGUGAAGUUUUAAUCACAUUCAAAAAUGGGGAUAUUUUAUACUGAAUAAAUUGAGCUUGCAUUUUUGUACAGGCCUUUAAAAAAAUCCCCUCUAAUUUCCAUAAAGCAGUUCUACACACCAGGUGAUUCCCCUAGUCAAACACACUGCAUCCAUCAUGAAUCGUACCCCACCAAGGAUGCCCUCGUCUGAAUCGGACAGCAAAACAAAGGGAUGGCCAUAGGCCUGGCAGGCCACAAUUCAUACUUGUAUGCAGCUUGGUGGGUACAUCUCGCCCUAAAGCUUGUGGAAGUGUUGCCUCACAUGAGGAAGUAACCAAAAUUCUUCAAGGGAAUGAUCCUGUGGCCACUGUAUAUUGUCAGAGGGUCUGUGGGAGAGUUUGGGUUCCCAGCUUCGAGGUCAGGCAUGGGCACUGGGGUUCUAGCCCUAUUUCCACACCAGCUGUGCUCAGUGUUGGGGCAGCAACAAUGGCAUUAAAGGGGGCAUUUGUGAGGAGGGGCCUCUGGAGAGGCCAGGGGACAAACAGUCCUAAAGCCUCUUCUCUUCCACCUCCGUGAUGCUUCAACUAGAAGAGCAAAAAGCAGGGUGGGAGGACGGGGAGGUGAAGACGGCCUUUCCAUUGCCACUCUUAGCAUUUAAGUGACUGUAGCAUUGUGCCUACAUUUUUCCUUGUUCCCUUACUGUGCCCUCUUGUGCUGAUUGGCAUGACCUAAGAGCAUACACAGAGAAGUAGGUGAUUGUUUUCUUUUCCCUCCAGAAACUCAAAAUGUGUAGAAAAAGGCUGAGAUACAUCCUCUCCCCAUACCACAAUGUGCCUGUCACUCCUAAGCUUUGCUGAGUCCUAAAUAUACCUCAUCUGUGUACUUUUUAUAUAGGAGUGAAGGACUAAACUGGGUAGACUAUGGUGCUAUGUAGGCCAGGUCAAGUGGGUCAAUCCAACAGGACACAGUUGCGAAGCAGCUUCCAGUUGGAUGAGCCUAGUAGAAACCAGGCCUCCUUUCCUUCUGCCCACCUUGCUCCUACAAACGUUGGGCCGUGUUCCAAAGAGAGAGAGAGAGAGACCACCCUUCCAAAUUAGGACUUUUCCCCACAUUAAUUCAAACCUUGAAUUGGUAUGGGUGAACCCACCUUUACUAAAGAGGGCUUCCCAUUUUUGUAGUUAUCUCUGUCAUCAGUCUUCUGUCUUCCAAGGCAGUUCAGAGGAUCGCUUCAAAGCUGCAGAAAAUUGCUUCCACCCAGCCCAGCUUGCACAACAUUUCUCCUGCACAGAACUGUCAAGCCACAGUGUAGCGUGUACAGUUCCUGCAAGUGCCUUACACUGCAGUGUAGCCUUUUGCACCUUUUUAUCUUGCAUAUGUGUCUUUCUCUCCGUGUUCUUAUUGGUGUAGUUCACUUACGUACACUAGUUUAGCCAUUCAUAAAAGGGACAGCUUUUGCUGAACACAUUGCCUCAAUUUCUAUGCCUUUUUGACUGUAGGGAGGUGUGUCUUGGUAAGCAUAACUCCUCAUUGGAACAAUUUUAGAUACCAGCAUUUCUAAUAUAACACAAGCUGCAAUACCAUGAACAGUCUUUCUUGGUUGCAUGGCAGGUCAGAUUCCAUUACCUGCUUUUAACUCCAGAUAACUUACUGUUCUGAAAUGUUACAUAAAGAAAGUUGCAAGUGAUUACAACUCCCGUUUGUGAGUUCUUUUGGUGAUAACUGAGGAUAAACUAGAUGUUAUGUGUGGUUUGGUGAUUCCUCUUUUGGACUUCUUUUAAAAGUUGGACACUCACAGAGGCAGCAACUGGAAGCAGAAGAUGUGUGUGCAUUUGGAGGUACGCGCGGCAUGACAGGCCACCAUUGGUUAUUCAUUUAACCCAUGGUGAGGCUGGGACAUGUGUAGCUGCCAUCUGAAUAAGCAAAUCAGGUGAUCAUGGGUUAUGCAAGGGCUGUUUCAACCUCACAUAACCCAUAGUCAUCAGGUUUGUAGAACAUGACAAUCUAUGAGUGAGCGUUGGAUAUACCAAGUGAUUGCUGUAACCCAUCCUGACCUGUGCUAUAUCAUGCAAAUGUGAUCGUUGUGUGUGUAGAGAUGUCCCCUUGACUCUUUCCCAAGAUGCUGCUUUUCCACUGAAAAUAGCACCCCCCUGCAUAUCACUUAUGUGUCUGCUUUCAUCUCAAAAAGGGAAAAUAUGCAUUACAGGGGAAAGCGAUUUGGGAAAGAGCAUCACAACUCUCUUUAUUCCAGCCUUCAUCACCUGCACUAGCCAUGUGCUUCAGGUUACAGCUUUAACAGUGUCUGUGAAUGUACCCCUCCCCCAAAAGAAUCACAGAACUGCACGUUUUCAUCUUGAGUUCCUCAUGCAUGGGACAGGGAGAACAAGUUUAGCCUGGCUCCCACUGAAACAGAAGAAGCUAUUGAUCAAUUGAGCUCUUAGCUCCCAAUUCAGUGUUAUACCGUUGCCUUAUACUCUGCCUCCCAUUUUGGCCAAGAAAAAGGCUCGUUUAUACUUGUAAUCUUACCUGGGGAGGAUGAUGGCUUACAUCUAAUGUGAUCAAGUUUCCAUGAUUUUGUAAGAGGUAGCGUGUGUGUGUGUGUGUGUGUGUGAGAGAGAGAGAGAGAGAGUGGUAUCUUCCUCCAUCACAUAUUCUGGACUGAAGAGCAGGAGAUUAUGUAGUGCUUUCCCUGCUUGCCUCGUCCUAGGUGAAUUAGUAGAUACAUAGCAUAAUUCUGAGAUCUAACCAUAAUUUUUCCAAAGUUCAGUAAACAGAUUUUUGCACAGCAGGGCACUGAAAUGUGUAUUUUUGAAAGUAGCAGUUUUUUGUCUGCCUGUUCAUUUUAAAGAACCCAUCUGAUAAAGCAGAUCUGAUAAAGGAAAACAGGAUUUCCUUUAACUGUACUGACCCACAACCCAUAAUGUGUUUAGUGUCUGCUUUUGGAACAGGACGUAGAACUAAUCAUAGAAAUUGCAGAGGGUUUGUUUUUAGUCUGUAAUACUGUUUCUGGAAACCAGUUACCUCUAUAUCUGAUCUUGGGUCUUCCUGAAGAGCCUUUAUUAUCCCGAGUGCACACCUACAUCAGGACUGUUGCUAAGAGCUUUGUUUGUUGGUCUUCGUUGAGAAAACAAAUACUCUUACAACUGUUCUCCAAGUGAAUGCAUAGCAGAGGAUACAGCAGCUGAUGCUGAGCAUGUAUAUGGAUUGUUUCCCAAUAUUUCCAAUUACGGACCAAAUUUAAGUCAAAAACCUGAAUUAAUGUCUGCUCUUCCAUAUUUAAGUGUAAUGAUGAUGGUUUGUGGCCAGUGAUGGGUGGGCGGGAGAAGGGAGAGAGCCAAUCUUUCUUUAUUGUUGUAUUUCCCAUCAUCCCCUGCCAUUGAAAAAUGCAAACUGUAUGGAUGGUUGUUAUUAAACAGCUUUUAUAAAAGCUAUUUGUGAUGCAAUAUUUUCUGAAAUAAAAAGGCAUGGAAUGAUCAAAACA